UGUAUGUCCCCACAGCGAGGACUGCGGGGACUGGCAGAGAGCACGGCGCGACCCGGGAUGUAGGCUUUGUUGCUCUACGACAAAGAGCCGCCUUCAAACGCGUGUUUUCGAAGAAACGAUCGCAACAAGUCUCUUCUGUGUGGACGCAACGCACUUCCUGUGACGUGACAGGGGCGUGGCUUUGCUGGAGUCGCGCGAAAGUUCUUUUCUUCUUCCUGUGAAGCGGGGCUAUUUCCGGAGAGCUGUUGUUGAUGGACUCUGCUUCUACUAGCUUCACGGCAGAGUCGUGCAGUUUCCCCACAGUGCGCUCCCCGUGUCCACCUCAGGCAGGAGCAACAUGUCUCAGGCUCGAGUCACUGAUUUCUUCUCCCAGAGAAAGAAAGGCGUCGCCGGUCCGGUGAAACGAGCCAAGCGGCGCAGCAGCACUGCGGCUCCCAGCUCGCGCUCAAGAGCCUCUAAAAACAAAGGCGCUUUCUUUUGUUCCUCCUCCGUCCAUGAAGAGUUUGUCCGGGUUAUCGACGAGGCAGUGGGGCUAAACGAUGGACAGUCUGCCAUCAGCAGCACCGCGAAAGAUUCCCCCUCCAGUCCCCGGACACCAACGCGGACCUCGGCUGACACAGAGUUUGACCUCGGGGCGGCCGUGUUUUCAGCCACCGCCGACCACAGCACGGCCAAGAAGAGGCGGCAAGUGGAGGCCGUUAGAGACGCUAACGCUAACGCUGCAGCGGCAGCAACGACGAAGAAGGCCAGGAAGAAACUGGUCCUCCCUCAAGACACACCACAGGCUCUGUGCAAAGAAGGCAUUGCAACCCUGAAGUCUCGCCUUCAGAGGAUCAAGAAACAGGCAGAGGAAAUAACCAGCGCUGCUUCCUCUGCUUCCGUUUCCACGUCGUCCUCUUUCGCCUCUCCCCCUGGUUCAGCACCUAACAGUACUACCCCGCCUGUCUCCAAAACCACCACGUCCCCCACCUCUGAUGCUAAGUCCCUCAGGUUCACUGUAGCGCGAGCCAGUGAGCUCGCAGCUAAAGCUCAGAGGAGGAAGGAGGAGAGAGAGGCCGAGGAGAGCAAGCAGGGUGGGACACGAAGCCAGGACAGUACUGAGCAACCAGCAUACCAGCGGUACCACACCCUCGCCCAGGCGGCCCCCCCGGGCCUCUCCCUGCCAUACCAGUACAAGGUGCUGGCUGAGAUGUUCAGGAGUAUGGACACUGUGGUCUCCAUGCUGUACAACCGCUGUGAGACAGCUACCUUCGCCAAGAUCAAACAGGGAGUUCAGGACAUGAUGCACAAGCGGUUUGAGGAGAGCCACGUGGGGCAGAUAAAGACAGUGUUUCCUGAAGCCUACACAUUUAGACAGGAGAAGAACAUCCCAACCUUCAACAGCAGCGUUAAGAAGGGCAGCUACCAGCUCACCGUGGAGCCCGUCAUCCUCUCUGACCAGAAUGAAACUCGUCCUGUCCUGUCAGCCUCUCGUCUCCUGGAGAGGAGACGCGUCUUCCACCUGAACCUGGUCUCCAUCGUCAAACAGCACCACAAGGUCUUCCUGUCCUCGUUGGUUCCUCUGGUGUCUGUUCCAGAAGACAAGCUGACCCGCUGGCACCCUCGCUUCAAUGUGGACACUGUGCCAGCCGUCCAGACUAGCUCCCUCCCCCAGCCUCCUCAUACUGAGAGACUGGCCACAGCUCAGGAGGUGCUGGACAAGGCCCGCUCACUCAUCACGCCCAAGAUGGAGAAGGCUCUGGUUUCUCUGGCUCUGAAGACCGAAGAUAAAGCUGCGGAGAGUAAAGGGCCAACGGCCCCCCCAGCGUCCGCUCCGUCAGCUGCCCCUGCAGCUCAGGUCCCAACUGCCCUGAAAGGAGUGUCCCAGUCCCUGCUGGACAGGAUUCGGGCAAAGGAGGCCCAGAAGCUCCAGGCAGCCAUGACUCGAAACCCCACCCAGGAGGAGUGCCUGCUGAUGAUGUCGCGGCUCCCCGAGCUGGCCAGGAUUCUCCGCAACGUUUUUGUUGCAGAGAAGAAACCUGCUCUGACAAUGGAAGUGGCCUGUAACAGGAUGGUGGCCAGCUACAGGUCUGCUCUCAGCACAGGUGAAAUGGAGAAACACAUCCGUCUGCUGGCAGAAGUGGCUGCUGAUUGGCUGACUAUUCAUCCAAUCAGGAAGGACUUCUACCUGAAGUUGAACAAGAACAUGGAGCUCAGCAUUGUUGUGGACAAACUGAGCAGCAGACUCCGAGAGGAGGAGAGACUCUGAGAGACUUGAGUGACUGCGUGAUGUGGCGGCCUUUCUCAGGUCCUUGCUGUCUGAGCAGCUAGCAGACUGACGGCUAGCUGCUUUCAAGUGCCAUCUUUUUUUUUUUUUUUUUUUUAGUGAAUUUCACUGGUUUGUUGGCAACAGACACAAGUCUGACGUUUUAGAGCCGGUGUGUUGUGGUGUGCCCUGCGCUCUACGCUGUCGGUGUGAAAUUCGUCACAGAGCGUCCCAAAACCCUGGGGCCAGAUGGGACUGACGAGACCCCCCCUGUGUUGUAAACAGGUUGUUUUUAAUCACACUUCUGUUACAGUGACUGAUGCUGUGGUGUUUAGUUUUCUCCAUGAAAGUGUAAUAUUGGUGUGUACAGGUCUGCUCCAGUCUUUUUAGGGAUCAGUUUUCUACAGUGUAGAACUGAUGAAUGUUUAUAUUGUUAAAGGUCACUGUCUGAUAAUGUUUAAGAAAUGAAAAAGCAUUUGUCAGA